UAUGUACAGGAGAGGAGUUUGGAGGGUAUGAGAGUGAGCGGUAUGUACAGGAGAGGAGUGUGGAGGGUAUGACAGUGGGCGGUAUGUACAGGAGAGGAGUGCGGAGGGUAUGACAGUGGGCGGUAUGUACAGGAGAGGAGUGCGGAGGGUAUGACAGCGGGCGGUAUGUACAGGAGAGGAGUGCGGAGGGUAUGGCGGUGGGAGGUAUGUACAGGAGAGGAGUGUGGAGGUAUGACAGUGGGCAGUAUGUACAGGAGAGGAGUGUGGAGGGUAUGACAGUGAUCAGUGUGUACAGGAGAGG